AAUCGAGACAGAAGCGGAGCUUGACGUGGAUUCGCGUCGUGACUUAUUUUGCAUACAACUUUACGCGACUGCAAAUAAAAAUAAUAAACAAAAAAUACCCACUGCUUGUUUAUUGCAUCUAUAUAACUUUGCACAUCGUUAAAAAUACUUGCCGAAUCGGAAUGUCGGCCUGUUAAGUGCAUAAAAGAAAAAUGUUGUCUAUAAAAAAACGUACAUGUAUACAAAUAAAUAUGUAUAAAUGUAUGUAAACAAAACGAAGACAUUAAAUUUAGUGAAAUUUUGCUUCCAAGCAACAAGAAAAAGUUAUAAUUUUGUGUUCAACUUGUGAUUGUGUUUUAAUUUCAAAUUUGAAUACAAUUGCAGCCAAAGAGAAAAAACACACAUACACACACAACGUACUUAUUGGAUUAUAUCAACUAAUAUAACUGACUUCCAGAGCGCUUCCGUUUGAGACAAAUCUUCCGUUCAAUCGUGUGCCAAACUGACAAAUGACGUCACAGCUACUGUUUUUUUUUUUUUUGGCAUUUAACAGAAAAAAAUACACAUAAAAAAAUUUUGUGAUUGAAUUUUUAUUUACUUUCCCACAUAGUUGUCAAUUAACUUGGCCAAAUAGUUGUAGUUUUUGUAAUUGCUGUUAAAUUUCAUAGACAAUCUAACCAAUUUGCAGCUUGCAACGAGUUCGCGUUCGUGUUGCAUCACCCCGCUCCACCACCCAUUGUGAGAGUGUCCAAUGUGAGGUUGCCAGAAACAAGCGCAGCUUAAUCCAGCCCCAAAAAAAAAAAACAAAAAAAUCCUUCCACCAACAACAACAAAAUACGUCGUAGCUGAUAAAAAUGAGCCUAAACCAACACAGUGGUCCCGGUCCGCCGGAAAACAAAAUCAGCAGCGGUAGCAUCGUAAAGCAGGAGAGAUCCUGUGAUCAGGUGGAUUCCGCUAAUCCGUUCCUGUGGCAAGACAACACAUCGGGCAUGUGUGGUUCGUCGUCGUACAGAGCUGCCGGCCUGCAGGAGAAGGCGAAUGGUGAUAUGUUCCCGGCUGAUGCGACAUCCUCGGUGCUCCACAAGGACAGCAGUAAUGCGACUAGUGCUAAUAUUACCAUUAACGGUAGCGUUAGCAAUGGACAUCCACCGCCACCAGUGACACGUACUAUAUCAUCGGAUCGACUUGUCACCGGUUCGUCGUGCAAGGCUCUGCGUACGGCUGUCUCAGCCCUAUAUUCGGUGGAUGAUUUUGUCAAGGAGAAAAUCGGUUCAGGUUUUUUCUCGGAGGUUUACCGGGUCACACAUCGUACAACUGGCAAGGUGAUGGUGCUGAAAAUGAACCAACUGCGCGCUAAUCGACCUAACAUGUUGAGGGAAGUUCAGUUGCUUAAUAAACUAUCGCAUCCUAAUAUAUUGAGCUUUAUGGGAGUUUGUGUGCAAGAAGGACAACUGCAUGCCCUGACCGAGUACAUUAACGGUGGCUCACUGGAGCAGCUGCUGGCUAACCAAGAUCGGUUUCUCAGUGCUGCAAAGAAAAUAAGACUGGCGCUGGAUAUAGCGCGCGGAAUGGCAUAUGUUCACGAAGCGGGUAUUUUUCAUCGAGAUUUAACAAGCAAGAACGUGCUUAUUCGUCAUCUCGCUGAUGAACAAUACGAAGCUGUUGUCGGUGACUUUGGCUUGGCUGCUAAAAUACCAGUGAAAUCCAGCAAAUCACGUUUAGAGACAGUUGGCUCACCGUACUGGGUUAGUCCCGAGUGUCUAAAAGGCCAAUGGUACGAUCAGACCAGCGACGUUUUCUCAUUCGGCAUUAUUCAGUGUGAGAUUAUCGCACGCAUCGAGGCCGACCCAGACCUGAUGCCACGUACCGCCUCAUUCGGCUUAGAUUAUCUGUCGUUUGUUGAACUCUGUCCAAUGGACACGCCACCUGUGUUUUUAAGGCUCGCCUUUUACUGUUGUCUCUACGAUCCCAAGAGUCGACCGACUUUCCAUGAUGCAACCAAAAAGUUGACUUUGCUGUCCGAGAAAUACGAACAGGAAUCAACGUGCACGUCGAGUCCGCUCAGUUCGCUGGAAUUGAUCAAUUCCCUGCCAAAUAGUAGUGACAUCGAAAAGGCAAGAGACACUGUGCCACCGAUUGUUGCCACAAUGAGUGCAUCACCCGAAGGCAGAUUGCACGACGUUGAUGAGGAUGGUUUUCGUUUUCCCCCGAGUAUUGGUUGUAAAUCCGCAUCGGCUGCUUUGCCCGGCACACCCAACUGGCUGCUGGCCGAGAAUAGUAAUGAAUACGAUCAGCAUAUAUUGCAAUCACGUGUGCGUCGUGCCACACAGAAACUGGAGGCUGAGAUACUGUUGCAUCGACGAUCACUCAGUGAGAAUAUCAUACAUUUUCCGUUGCAUACGUCGCCCAGCGAUAAGGCGCGCUGUCAUCAAAUGCAGCGACAGCGAUCCUCGACCCAUUCACCGACACCGCCGCGACAAUUGCCAAAUGGUGAUGCGCAAACGGCGGUGGUGCUGCUAAUGCCCGCUUCAACGGUGCCGGAGCCACCACCAUUACCGCCACCGAUAUCAGCGGUGCUAACGCUGCGCAAAGUUGGUGAAACGAUGUGCCUGAAGGAUCCGCAAUAUAAGCCAUCGUUAGCCAAGGAUCACAAUGGUGUCAAACCAAAUCCAUUCACGGCCCUGGCGCAGCUCCGUGGCGUUAAAAAAAUAUUGGGCGCCAAUCCAAAGACAUAUGCGGCAGGUGUCGGUGAUUUGUUUAGCUCAUGCUUUGAGAUGUCGGCGCCAUUCUUCAAGGAGCUGGUUGCCAUUCAAAAUAAGACUAUGACGGACAGCGACUCCAAAGCGGCUGCAGGUGCUCCAAAAACGACGAAAACAGCAGGAACAACAACUACUUGUAGUGAACCAAAGAGUCUGCCCGUCUCACCGCAAUUGUCGCGCAAAUACAGCGCCAUCGAACUGAAAUUGCCGCAUCGAAGCAGCAACGCAACGGCAACUGUAACAACAACUGCUACGGCAACUGCAACAACAACGGCAAUUGCAACAACAACGGCAACUGCAACAACAACGGCAACUGCAACGGCAACCAUAGAUACAUCAGUACUGCCCGACAUGGAUGACUGUGACUAUUGCAAUUCGGAGGGAGAGGAUCUCGAUGGUGGCAAUUGUGCGGAUGCCGAGUCCAGCAGCGAUGACAGCGCUGUCCGUCCCUCCACAAUGCCCGUUGCACGCAAAUAUCGCGCAAAUUCCCUCUACACCCAUCCGCUUUUUCGUGGCAGCAGUGGACCCAUAACAAAAUAUAGCAACAGCAGCGAACAUGAAGCAACUUCCUCCGCCCUACUCAAAACGAGCGCCUCCAGCAAUGCGCUGACGAUGAUGUCUCUAAUUGUCGAUGCGACCAGUUGCAUUGAGCAUACUAUUAAGGAUGAAUCGAAGAGUAGCACAUCGCAUUCCCAAAUCGAUGUUGUUUCGCAGAGUACACCGCAUCAGUUAGCGGAGGAAGAAGAUGAGGAGGAGGAGACGGCCGCAUCCGAAUUGAAUGAACUGAAAACAUCGUCCUGCGAACUAUUACCUGCUAAACGAAAUCUGACACGGCGCGAUUCCAUUGAGAGUGGUUUCUAUUCGUGCUUUAAUGAGGAAUCGGAUGCGGCGAUCACGGCGAACACCAACAGUUAUACGCGACAAUUAUGUGGCAUCGGAUCGUUGGUGGUCGGCUCCAAUAAUAGCAGCUGCUGUUACGAUCAAUUAAAAUCCCAGCUGAGGAUCGAGACUGUUGGCAAUAAUAAACUCAACGAUAAACUGGCAAGUUUGUGUCGUUGCUGCUAUUAUGCAACGCCGGGUUCAAUUGUCGCCGCAGCUGCCGUUGCCGAUCAUCAUCAUCAUAAUGAUUCGCCUACGGCGACAUCGUCAUCCGUUUUGCUAACGAUUGAUAACGAAACUGCGGCGAUUGCUGGCAACACAUCGUCGUCGACGGCACUGGAUUCAAUGGAUGAGUUGGAUGCCGAAAUUAUUGCACCGCGAACACAUCACAGGCGUUACACAUGUCACCACUCGCUGGUGAGUGGUGGCGAUGCCCAGAUGUCGGCCACGGCGGGCAUAAUCAAUCGACUCGCUCUCGAUUCGGAAAUCCAUUCGCUGUUGCAACGCAGCCCAUUUGCAACAAAUCAAUUGCUGUAUUGCAAGAAUCGCACCUCGUCCAUCUACACGGAUAGCUCGGAUGACAUCAGCUCCGAUUCAUUGCUCUGGGAUGAUCGCUCAUUCACCGCUCUGCCGAGUACACGAUCCGCGCAAAUAGCCAAAAUCGUAGAAUAUUUUGAGCGUAAGCGGCAGGAUUCAUUGCCGCCAUCGGUGCAUAAUCGUAAUGGGAAUGGAACGGUUGCCGCUGCUGUGGCUGCCUCAGCUCUGGGCUCCAGCUAUCUGUCGUAUGAGGCGCAUCGCUAUUCCGACUUUAAGCGGCAUUUAAAUCCAGAUUCAUUGUGCUUUGAAUUGGACAAGCGACCGGCACAGCAGCGCAUGAUGGUCUGCGAGGGAGCCGUCAAGUCGAAGCUAUCCAUAUUCGACAAAAAGAAGCAGCAGCAGCAGCAGCAACAACAAUCAAUGGGCAGCAGCGGACAGGGUGGCUAGCCAUAUUGGCUUUGAAUAUUUAUUAAGCAAUUUCCAAAAUGUGUUGGCAGGUUUUUCAUUUUUUUUUUUAUUCACAACCUUUGGUUAGUUUUAUAUAUGAGAGAGAUAGAGAGCUUGAUCGAUCAGUUUGCACACAAAAUAUUUAGUUUUUGGGCAGUCUAUUGAUGAUUUCCAAUUAGCAAUCACUUUAUGUUUCACUGAUUAAACGUUAGCACUUAUAUAUACUCCCAUUCUAUAUGCAUAUAUAAAUAUAUAUUUUUUUUAUAUAAUUGCGAAGCAUAAAAUGUUCAGAUACUAAAUUGUAAGUCUAAUAGGUCGUUUCAAAUUGUAAAGUAGUAUAUUAUGUAUAGCAACAUUUUUCAUUUUCCGAACAUUUUUCUAAUAUGUUGUACUGGUUCCUAGUCCUUCUUAUUUAUAUAAAUCUAUGUUAUGCAAAAGCUAGUAAAUAAUUGUAAUUCAAUCAAGAAAAGUAUUUAUUUACAUUAUUUAGUGUUUUAGCUGUUAGACUUCCGAGAAAAUGGCAUAGCUGUAAUAAUAAUAAUAAUAAUAAUAUGUAUCUAAAUAUAUUUGUAUUUCUUAUACCUUGGACCAUAAAUAUGGGUAAUAAUGGUAUUGAUAAUGAUAAAUAAAGCUAAUGUAUAUAAUCAGCAGAAACGAUAAUCUGUGACCAUACAAAACUUAUACAUAUUC